UCCAGCUCUAUAACUCCCAUUUAAACUCGAUCCUCCAUCGCAUGUUCGUUGUUUCAUUUCAUUUCAUUACGGUAGUGUGGAAUACCUCGGCGUCAUUUGACCUGUGGGCCGCAGGCAGAUCUUCGAUAGAAUAUGAACCCAUCAUAGACCUGGAGCUGUCCUCGAAUUCCUAUAUGUAGAACUAUGGCCUCACGGCAGAACACCGCCGACGCGGUGGCCUCAUCACCGAAAGCUCGAUCAGCCAAGAUGCAAGAAGGGCGACCUGCGGAAGAGAAUGAGGAGACUCAUGAUGAACCACACGCUGAACCAGAAGAACCAGAAGAACCAGAAGUCGAGGACGCCACCGCGCCGCACGACUACAUCGAACCAAGCGACGACCAACUGCUUCCUCCCCCCAACUUCAACCCUUUCUUUUCUCUCAUCGAAGAUGAAUCUAGCGGCGAGUACCAUCACCCGUCCGUUCAUUACAUCUUCGCGGACGACGACCACGAUGUCCUUGUGGCGGCCGCCAUGCGAUCGCUAGGCACCGAACCACCGCCCUAUCCGCCCUCAGAUACGGAAGCCGAUUCGAAAGGCAAGGCGCGGGUACGAUCGCGGGUACCAGCAUUACCGCGCCCUCGUCCGGGUGUCAAAGAGCGGUAUGUUUUGGUCGAUGUAGGGCCCGACGGACAGACCAUCGACGAAGUACAAAGCCUCAGCCCGGACUGGGCCGUGACAGCGACAUCCAUCACCAACGCACCCACGUUUGAGGAAGAGGAAUCGUCGUUGGGUCAAGGAACUGCCCUGAUGCUGCGGAUACAAGGAACGGGGCUGGGCGAGUCAACAGUCGAGGCGGGGACAAGAGACCCGACCGAGACCAUUUGGGACGAGGCGAAGUCACGGUGUAAUGGAGACAUGAUGGCGAGCAUGAGCGAUAUUGUGGAGCGGAUGAAGAAGUCGAUGUCGGUGUUAGACAAAGUGACCUCCUCGACCCAGUCACAAUCCCAACCUGAUGGAGAAUGAGCGCCAAGUGAUAGGCGAGAGAGAUUGGUUCAAGAUCCGAUUGCAUCGCAACGACCUGUAUAAGAUUGGCGCCAUUCUACCCAUCCUGAUAGUCAAGCAUACGCAGCACGAAAUUCGAUUGCUAUUGCUCGCACGCUGGCAAGCUCGAGUGACGGCAAACAAUCCACACUCCAUACACUUCGACGCAGAUCAUCGAACCUAAGUCUGGUUUGACGACUUUCCUUCCA